AUGGAGCAGAGUAUUUCUGAUGAGCGUGACAAGAAGCGUAGAUUUGACCUAGCUACUAGUUGCGAGAGCGAUGAUUGUAAAGUUGCUCAACAUUCAGACGACCAAGCUCCUUCCAAGAAAACGAUAACCGAUGAGGCCAGAGCACAACAAGCAGCAUCGGAUGCUGAUGAUAUAUCUAUAGGGACCAAUUCGCAAUGGCUGCUUUCCAGAAAUGGUGAUCCCCAGAUAGUGUUGCAUGACAAUCUGGGGGACGCAUCAGCAAUGGUGGAGUCGUUGACUCAUCGCAUGGACAACUGGAGCAUAACGAAACAAUCUUCAUCGUCAUCGUCAUCGUCGAAAACAAAAAAAAAUGACAAGGCAUACAAACAGAAAUGCAAAGCAGCCAAGCGAGAGGUCAUGAGGAGUAUGUUAAAGAAGAGCGACCGAAUGAAUCGAUAG